AUGGGACAAAAUAAAUCCUCUCCUGCAAUUGCAAAUUCAUUCUCUGAUUAUAUUGAUAGUUCUUCGAGUGAAACGACAUUUAUUCCUCAUGAUGAUGGCUGGAGUGAUGAUGGAAAUGAUUAUGAGAAUUGGUUGGGCACCUCCGAUGAGUCAGAAUUCAUGGAACCACAAUCAUCAUCACAUUCUCCUUCAACAACAAGUAAUGGAAGGAAAUCAUUCAAGUCACCAUCACCAUCAUCAUCAGCUGCACUCGAUUCAAAAUUUAGUGCAUUGGAAUCAUCAAGUGAAACACAUCACCACACAAUAAGCGAGAAAUCCAAUGUUUUUAAAUCUCUCAACUCUAAAAUUACCUUCCAUAUGGAUCAUGUCGUUGUGAGGAGAAGAAACAAGAAACUGUGGACCAAUAAUUCACCACCCCAAGAGGAGCCAAAUGCAAAUUUGUGGUAUAUUUGCGAAAAGUAUACUAAAUUAAAACGAUUGGAUGAAAAACAUGGAAAUACCUAUUCAGCAACAGAAGUUGCACACAAAAAACAAUCUUGUGGAACAUCGGAAUUUACAAACAGUCAAAACAAUCUCCAACAAGCUAAACAAUUUUCAUCUUCUUUAUAUUCAUCAAACAGUAGACAAGUUGUUGUAAAAUUCUUCAAAUGCACAAUUAAUGAAUGGUACAGCUACUCUCAUCAAUCAGGUUCUUUCCCUUUGGAAAGAUAUAUUGAAGAAUUGAAAAAUUAUUGGUAUAUGACUUUUCAUAACACGAGAAGAGAUGAAAAGAAGGUGGAUGACAAGUUUUUCAAGAUUUAUGUGGAUAAGAAUUUUUUCAAUUCUCCAUCUGGAAAUCAACAAGUUCUUGUCAUGCUUGUCAUGCCAUACUUUGACAGAAAUUUAAGCUCAGUAAUCUCAAAACAAAAGACAUUGGGGAAAAAUCUCUCAUUACUGGAAGCUAUCUUGCUAUUCAAACAAAUAUUAGCUCCUGUUGUACAGAUACAUCAACUGGGAUAUUCCCAUCAUAAUUUAAAACCUGAAAACAUAUUCUUAGUACCACAUACUACAAAUAAUCGAGUAACAAGAUCCUUUUUUUCAAAAAAGAGAUCAGAUUCUAUGACCAGUCAAACUUCAACUGAACAAACUUAUGAUGUCAUAUUGACAGAUCCUUUUCCAAAAAUUUCCAUAUUACAAAAAGCAGGCUCAUCCAGUCUGAGUGAAAAUAUCAGAAGAAGUAUGGCAACUCAACAUUUAUUAUCAGAUGCUGCCCUUUCUUCAGAAAGUUUUAGGAGGAGUUCUUGUGUUGCCAUUGAUGGACAAGGUGGAUCUCCAUCUCCAAGUGCUUCCAUACCCAAUCCAUCAGGUUCUAUCCAUUUAACAUUUAUGAUUACUGGAAACAAAUUCCUUAACGAUUUUAAAUUAUUCCCAAAUAGAUAUUCAUUCGAUCAAAAAUCAAUUACAGAAUACCACUCCCCUGAGCUAAAAGAUCUUAUCACUAAUGGUCCAAAAAAGAAUAUUUAUAUUAGGAGUUCAUCGCCUAUAUGGGCCUCUCAGAAUUUAAACAUUUCAAGUGACAAUGAUCUGGAAAGUGUUUGCAGUAUUAACAUUAAGGAAUCGAUAUCUGAGACACUUAUCAAUUCCUCAGAUAUUUAUUCACUAGGUAUACUGUUCUACCAAAUACUAGGUUUAGAUUUGUCUUUAGAAACUCUCAUUAAUGCCACUUCUAUUCAUGCCAAACGAGUGUACAUUAGAGAGAUGAUUUUAUUGAACUAUAGAUAUGAUACAGAGUUUUUAGAUUUAUACGAGAGAUUGGUCGAUAUUAUUGUUAAUCAAAUGUUGACAGUGCAUCCUGAGGAGAGAAUACUAUCCAAAGACCUCUAUGAAACAAUUGAAGAUAUUGAAAUGCUUUUGAGAAGAGGAGUACAAAACAUAUAUUGGGAUACUGAUAAAUCAAAUAAUACGCAAAUAAGCCUGUUUCAACGCUCUUCACAAUCAACAAGUGCAUUUACCAUGACUGAAGAGGAGGCAGAGUCUAUUUAUUCGAAAAUGAUGGUACUUCAAUAUGGUUCUUUCAAGUUAGAUAUUUUGAAAAAGAUCAACUCAUUAUCUAAUUUUUCUCCUGUUAAAGGAUCUUCAGCUCCUUACCAAACCAAUGAAAGUUCUAAAAAACACAAUCUGGUUGCCCUCAGACUUCCAACCCCUUUGGAUGACAUUGAAGAUCAAGAGGAUUCCUUCUCUGCACUAGAUAAUAUGGAGGUACAGGGUUUGUACAAACCAUCAAGAAGAGUACUCUCACUGACACAGUUAGGUUUUACUCCAGAAGUUUUUUCUAUGAGGGCCAUUAAUCAAUUUAUUAGUAUAGAAAAAUUGAAAAUUACUAAAUUUAUGGAAUCAAAGAGAGGAAAGGAAAUACUACUUGCUUCUAAAAGAAGAAAAUAUGGAAAUUCUGAGCAUACUUUCAAGAUAACAUGCUUACCCAUUAAUUCUUGUAUGACUAUUGUACCACAAACUAACUCUCAACAAAAGAACUUACCAAAGAUUGUAAAGUUACCAUACUGCGAUGAUUAUAUGGAUGAUAUCAAUAAUGUUGUCACGAAUGGAACUGAUAAUAUUGAUUUUUAUUUUAAUGGAUUUAAUAUUAUUGAUUCCAUGUUCAAUUCGUGUCAUUACACAAAAUCCAUAGCCCCUGUCAUUCACAAAUUUUCAUGGAUCAAUAUGCACUGUUUAGUAGAGCCAUUCUAUGAAAUGAACACUCUUGAUUAUUUCAUCUUAUAUAAGAGAUCUCGUUCCAAUAACGUUUCUGUUAGUGAUUUAACUCCAUCCUAUUCCUCAAAUAUCAAUUCUCUUUCCAAUACUGAAAGAAAGCCAUAUCUCGAUGAAGAAGAUAAUAAGAAUACCCUAUCAGUGGUGACCAGUAUUUCAUCUUCCCCUCCAACAAUCUUCACAACUCUCCAAGUUUGUAGAUUAGCCUCAGAAAUAGCAGAAGCCCUCAAUUACUUACACACACAAGAUAUUGUUCAUUGUCAUGUUAAUACUCAAACAAUUCUCUAUCAUGAUGACAUUGAACAGGUUCUUCUCUCAUCAUUUGAAGAAGCUCAAGUGAAAAAUUCCAAAACAAAUUGCGUAUUUAUUGCACCUGAAUACUUUUUCCAAAAUCCAACAGCGCAAAAUAUUGUUACAGAUAGACUGGACAUUUUCCAAUUUGGAAUCUUAAUGGCAGGUCUGAUAUUAGGAUUAGAAAUGGAUGCCAGUAUUGCAGUGAUUGCUAUUUGUCAAAAUGAAGAUAGAUUCGUCAAGGAAAUGGAUUAUCAAUUCGAAUUGAAAAACAUACCUAAACGAAUUUCAUCCCUUAUCAAAUCAUGUCUAGUCUCCAAUCCAAAGAAACGUAUUGGUGCUAAGGAAGCACUCUAUGAUCUAGAAGAAAUAAUCAAGAAGAAAUAA